GGGGAGCGUGGUCGCCAGUUUUCGCCGACCACCGCGCCGCGAGCACGCCUUGUAAUGCUCACAGUAUUUUGACGCGACAUGGCCUCGUCUGCGAGCGGCAACAUCGUCGUCGAGUGGUUGCGAUCGCUCCACUUGGGCCAAUACGCGGAAAGUUUUAUUGAUAACGGAUAUGAUGACUUAGAAAUAUGCAAACAAGUAGGAGAACCAGACUUGGAUGCUAUUGGCGUCCUGAACCCUGCUCAUCGUCAGCGAUUGCUUCAUUCAGUCAGAUCUUUGAGAGAGGAAGGAGCGGCGGCUGUUUAUUUUACUUUGGAGGAGGCAGCCGCCGCUCGGGACUCUUGUAGAUGUGAAGAAGAAGCAAGGAAAGAGCAGGCGACAGCAGCAGUGGAACCGGCGAAAUAUGUUGACGAGUAUGAGGAAGGGAAAGCAGAGUUAGUGAAGAUACCUCGGAUGCAACUGAAACGUUUGCUUCGCGAACGUCUCGCUCAGGACGGGAUACGUCUGAGCCUGCAGCCAUAUUCAACCACGGAUGGAGACCGGGGCUACCUAGAAGGUCUGGCCUCUCGAUACGCGGACCUCUUCUCAACACACUAUGGCGACGUUCUAGACCACCUUGAAGAGUUGCGAAGACACGAAUGGGACGAGAUGUCUCCCAGAAUGAGGGUGCUCGGAGGCCCUGGAACACCUCAAACUCCACCUUCGGCAAGUCCUGGUUCCCUAGCUUUGAAUAACUUGACCACGUCGCAUUCGCAGCCCAUUUAUGUGCCUGGAAAGUAUUCGCCCUCAAGCUGUCUCACAGAGAAAGAGGAGGACGAAAUCUACGGGUUCGGGUACGGCGUGUUCGGUAAACAAAUGCUGCAACGGCAACAGCAACAGAAGCAACUGUUGUUGGCGCAACCCACACAACCGCUUAUGCAUAACACACAACAUAACUAUCAAAGUUGCCUCAGUCCACGGUCAGCCUAUUUCUACGAAUUUCCACCUAGUGGCAUUAUUUUCGUAGACAACUGCCUGGGUACAGCUAAGAAGAAGGUGACAACAUUUUCGAGGCUGCUUCGAGGACUGAAAUCCCAUAGGAAAGAGAAGCAUGGAUCUUGUUCGCCUAAACACACGCAUAGCCCGCGACAAGUAUUGCCACCCCAAAGGGUGGACACACCGGACAGCGUGCUACAAAGUGGCCUUGGCCUAGGGCCUGGGCCCGACACAGCUCUUAGGUCUAUGGUUGAUCCAAGAGACUAUGACCGCCUCCGCUUCUUUCAAAUGAGUGCCGCCCAACCAAACACCUUCGAAGAAACUAUACAUAGGUUAAAAGUCCAAGAAGCAAUGAAGAAAAAAGACAAACUAGCGAGAGAACAAGAAGAGAUCCUUAGAGAUAUAAGACAUGGUCUUAUGAACAUGGGAAGAGACGGCGUGCGGGGACCUUUCGGAGACGAUACGUAUAUGUACGACGACGAAGCGAGAGGCCUAUCAGGAAGAGGGCAUUGGUACGACGAACCGCCUUACGAGAGUGACCCUGAAGAUUUCCUGAUGGGCGGGGGAGCACCUGCGGCAUCAUUUCAGAAUGGUCGUGUUUGUUUUACUUUAAACCUCAGAAAUGAAUCCAGAGAAGAAGGCGUAAUAUCGCUAAGAAGCGCUGGCGAUAUAAGUUUAGCGAGAACCCCUCGGAGGGGAUUAAUUAUUCCUCAGAGUGGCCCCUACCCGACCACCGUGAUCCCCUUGCGAACGGCAAGAGAUCGGGAGAGUGGGGAUUACGCCGCAUCUGAUAUACAAUCUAUAGGAUCAAGGUUAUCAGGCAUUUCUUUAGAAUCCAACCGAUCAGAACGAGAUUCCAGGAGGGGUUAUAGGCAAAUGUCCGGUUACCGGAUAGGAGCCGAUCCUUUAUCACCAGCUUCGUCAGAUUAUGAAGACCAAGAAAGUGAAACAGAUUCACAGCACAUAGCAACUGUGCACAAGUCAGCUGAAGAAUGUGAAGGUGUAUCGAACUUAGCAGGAAAAGUAAGAGGGCUCAGACAAGACGUCCAGAGAAAAAUAUCAAGGCUAAGGCAAGAAAGGGGCCCCGAAGGCAGCGACAGGCGGACGAGUGGUGACCAAGCAUUUCCGUGUUCUAAUAGUUCUUUCGAAAGUCUUCCCAGCGGAUCAGGCAGUAGCACACAAGCAUUGGUUCGCGCCGGUAGUAAUCACUCAUCUCUCUCGGCAGAAGAAAACAUAGAAUUAAGUCCAGCCGGGCGGAGUUUACUCGUGCCGCAAAUGCUGUGUCGAGCUCGGGCCCUCGUCGAUUACGUACCCAAUAUUUAUGAGAAAGAUGCCCUGAGAUACAAGAAAGGAGACAUCAUAGAAGUGAUAAACAUGAAUGCAUCCGGCAUAUGGCGAGGCGUAUUGAACAAUAAAGUUGGAAACUUCAAGUUUGCUCAUGUCGAAGUUUUAUCUGAAAGAGACACGGUACGUUCAAGAUCGUCCAAAUGGUGCAAAAGUCGCGAAAGGCUUUGGGAAACGCGGCCACGUACGGUAGAAGAAUUAUUGAGAAGGAUAGACUUGUUGGAAUAUGCUGUGGCCUUUGCAAGGAAUGGAUAUGAAGACAUAGAACUAUUCAAGGAGAUUGAACCAUCAGAUUUGGACUACUUGGGAAUAAUGACUCCAGAACAUCGUACACGUAUUCUCGCAGCUGUUCAACUUUUGCACCAGCUUGAAUGCGUUGAAGGUGAAGCAGAAGCCGAUGGAGGUGGUUCAAGCUCUGAGGGUGGUGACUCUCCCUUCGGUAGACGACAAUUUCCUCGAGACUCGGGGUGUUAUGAAGCAGGCGUUGGGGUUGGAGGUGUUCGAGUCCGGACCUCGCCACUAGUUCACAGGGCCGACGAGCCAACACACAGGCCUCCAGAACCAGCGCCGCAAGCUAAACGCUCCAUUCGUCGACGUCAACCAGAUGACGCCGAAUGUGAUAGAAUUGAGCGUUAUCCAGGUACAGUCACGGAACGAACGACAACACGAAGUGGCGGUCUUCCCGGUGGCGCUAGAGACGACACUUGUGAAUCUGACCACCGACUAAAUGUAGUUAAGUUUGUAGCCGGCGGGGAGCCAUGUGCAUCGGAGAAAAGUAGCGACUCGGGGGUGAGUAGUUCGUCAUUAAGUUCAGCUCAUCCCCACCGUCCCUGAGCGAGGCCUGCCGCGCCCGCGCUUGCCUAGGCGCUGGCGCGGGCGCGUGCGCAAGCCGCGCAGCCGCCCGCUCCCCCCGCCAACACUGAACCGUCAGCGCCGCCCGAACCCGAAUAAGAGUAAACUGAACUCGUUCUCUGUAAUACCGCGCAUAUAAACUUCUUUGAAGACAUUUUUUUACUUUCUGACUAUAAUGUUCCCAUUCACAAAAUCAUUCUUAAUUCACAUGUCUUCAACCACAUUUUAGUACAUAAAUCAAUCGACUCAAAAUAAGACUGAAACUUAUUUUCUUUAUAGGAAUGAUUGUAUAAUUUUAUUUUGGGCGGUGCGAAUUAAGAUAAGUGUGGGUUAACCUCUAUUUGACUUCUGCAUAAGCAAUAGAUGGCUCUCUUUAAAUAUCAUGAUUUACGAUGUCGAGCCCACAAAACUCUUUGUGUAAGAACUUGUUACUUAAAGACUGACUUAAGUUUCAAAGCACUUAUGCGUGCUGUAAUUUUAUGAAACGAUUAACAGUUAAAAUGCAAUAAUGUAAAGAUAUGUAACUCUUCUUCUUUGAUAUAUUCAAGUAAUUGUGGACAAAGAAAAUUAAUCGAUGUUAAUAGAUUCAAUCAUAAAAUAGAUUUCAGUACGGAAUAUUAUUAUGAAUUGUAGAUAUUUAUAUAGGUUGCUUGUUACGGUUUCACAUGCGGAUUUUGAAAUCGCUAUUUAUCAUUCCGUUAUAAAUUGAAAAGCAUAUCAUGGAUGGCAGCAAUUUAUUAUAAACUUUAGUUUGCUUUUGAUUUCUUACUCUGUUCAAAAUACGAACUUGUGGUUUUCUUUCAAUGUUCAUUAAUUGCAAUAAUUUCAUAGAUCAUGAU